GCUCUGCUAAAGAUGGCGUCUGUGCUAUACCAAGAUUAUUGCGUUUGCUUGAUUAUAUAAAUGUCGAAUGAAGGAAGGUUUAGUCAAUGAAAAUGCGGUGUCAGGCUUAGGAAGAGGAUUAAAUACAUGUAUGAGGUGAAAGCUUGUAGCUAUUUUCAGCUAAACAUUGGUGAGACCUACUUUCUUUCGCAGGCCUAACAUAUUCGGACAGCGGACGAAUGGUUAAAAAAAAACUACAACUCCCAGCAACACUGCUUAGAGGCGUUGCCUGGUUAUAACUUUUUUCGUUUGUAAUGAUGGUGACUGUAGUUUUUUUGCAGGCUCAGUCCCUUCUUGACAUGGACUUAAACGUUAUUGACUACGCUUUUUGAAUUUACUGUUCAACUGUAAAUUACAUUUGAUGGACGUUUAUGUAAGUCUUAAAAGCGUUUCUAGGAACGUCCACCAAACCUCUGCUCUGACUCUCCCUGUCACAUAGGCUAAGGAGUUAGAUUGGGGGUAGGACUGUGUAGUUGUCAUGGCCACACAUGGCCACUUAAAAAGCUCUAAUGGUAGUUCCAAAGAAGGGUCCUCUGCACUACCAGAGUCUUCUUUGACCUGGUGUAUUUCCCAGUUGUCCAAAGUAUCACUUGCAGCAAGCAAUCAGAGCAAUGUUUCCCAAGAGACAGAGCCCAAAAAUAAGGAAGGUAGGGACAAGACCAGAGACAUUCAGAAGAAGCUUCAAGCCAGUCAGUGGCGUGCACUGGUGGCUAUCCGGACGCAGCACAUCAAAGGGGGAGACAGCAGAAUAAACAGGUACAGAUCACAAGGGGGUCUCCCACCUCUGUUGGACCUCCUUAGAAGACCUGACAGCUCCAGGAAGACCUUAGACUUGGCCCUCAGCAUCCUUGCCAACUGUUGCACUGAGAGAGAAGCACGAAGAGAGGUAAGAAAGCUGGAAGGAAUAGCAGUAAUUGUGGGCGUUAUGAAGGGAAAUGUUGCUGUGGAGACUUUGGAGAACAGAGCUGCUAGGGCCUUAGGGAACCUUGCGAUGGAUCCUGAGGGCUCUGCUUUGGUUCAUUCUGCUGGCGGAGUCCCCCCUCUCCUCCUCUCUCUUUCCCCCUCAACCCCGUCCUCCUCCUCCUCGCCCAACCCCUCCUCCCCGUCAUCGCCCUCUUCUGUCUCUCCGUCCUCCCUCCCGUCCUCUGCCAAGCUGGAGUGUGCCCAGUCGGCCGCCCGCGCUCUCCUCUACCUGGCAGACACCCCUGCCAACCGCUUGUUACUGCUCUCCCAGGGGGCCAUGUCUGCCUUGGCCCCACUCAUGUCGCCAGAGCUUCCUCUGGGGCUCAGACGGGCUUCCCUCCGUGCCCUCCAUGAGCUCACCAGAGGCUGUGGUGCCGAGUGUGCCCGGGAGGUGUCACGGUCUGGGGCACUGGCUCAGCUUGGGGCCCUGAUCUCAGAGGAAGCAGCCAAGCCCCUGGAGGAGCUGGCACUGAAGACCUUGGCCAACCUCUGCUCCCAAGGCUGCCUGCGACCUCUUGUGGGCUCACUAGGGGCCAUUCAGAAGUUUUCCGAGGAAGUGAAGAAGGACCCCGCCAAGUCUGGAGUUUUACUCAAGGCUCUCUGCUUGUGUUGCAAGGAGGCGGUGAACCGGGUCAAAGUCAAGGAGAGCGGAGGGUUGGAGGUCCUGAUUGGCUUCCUCUCUGCCCAUCAGAAUCACCCACUCACACGACUGGCCAUUCUGGCCUGUGUGGAUUUCGUCUAUGACGAAUCGGCCUUGGAGCAGCUGCAAGAUCUUGGACUGAUACCACUGCUGGUGGCACGAUUGGUUGAGUAUGCCAAAGGGGAGGAGCCAGUGGCCAAGUCAGAUUCCAGCCCCUCCUCAGCUAGUGAUUUAAUGUCUCCGUCAUGUUUUGAUUCCUUUGACUUUCCACACCCUGAUGGGAACAAAAAAGAUGAUGUUGGGAAGGAGCAGGGUUCGGGAUCAUCUAGCUUUCUCAGCCUGAGGUCCUGGCUGGUAUCUGAAGGUCUGAUAUCCUCUGAAGGAGAGCUACUGGAGUCUCCCGCUAGCACGGAGAGUGACUGUGGGGGUUCACACGCCUCUUCACCCUCAGUGGCAAAUUCGCCCGUUACGCCAAUCUCAGAUGCUAGCUCAUCUGGCACAUGUCUCUCUCCGACCUUGUCACUUCCUCAGUCCAGCGUCUCAUCUGUAUCCAAGCCAGGUGUUCUGUCUCCACCGAACCAGCUCACAGCUCCACAUUCCUCACAGAGAAACGUGCCACUGUCUCCUAGCAACCCUCAAAGUCCGCCUCUGUGCACCUCUGGCCCCAAACCCACCAGUCCUUCCAAGGUGUGCUCCCCGCCCAAGAAAAGACCCAGAGUUUCUUCAUUAUCAUCUUCCUCCUCCCACUCAUCCGCCUCCUCUUUCUCCUCCUCCACCUGUUCCAGUGUAGUCUCACUGGACGCCCUUCCAGUGCUGUCCAGAACCCCAGCAUACCAUCACCCGUACCACCCAGAGCCGUGGGCCCCAGAAUCUCCCAUUCUCUUGUUACUCUCUCGCUUCUCCCACGCCUCUGAUCCAAGCGCGACACUGGUCAAUUCAGGCGUCCUCUCUGGCCUCCUCUACUACCUCACCCAGCACAAGGACCCCAGCGGCCGAUGCUUCCGCAUGCUGAGCCGCCUCAGCUGCAACCCUAACUGCCUGCAGGCCCUGCUGCGCACUGGUGCCGUGGCCAUGAUUCACCAGGACCUCUGUCUUAGAGGCAGCAGCAUCAGAGUCCGCAGAGGCCAGGAGAGGCAGACAGAUAGGGUGAAGGCUAAAGUCAGACAAUUAGGUCUUGGCUUGCUCAGUAACUUGCGAGUUCAGUGUGAAGCAGGCUUUGGCACAGGAGUUCUGUCUCAUAUCAUGCUGUCUGGUAUAGAGGUGGACCGGCUGUUCGGUGCUCUUUCUUUACCUCUGAUUUGCAGCAACAAAGUCCUAUUGAAGAAGCUCCUUUUUGACAACAGAGGCCUCAUGCACGCACUGGAACCCCUUUGUUGUCUGCCUGACAGCAAGGAUGACAACAAUCAUCCAGAGAGAUGCAAAUCCUUCCUCUCCUGUUGGCUUUGCCCACCGCAGGAAGUGACAUUAUCUCGAUUCCACUUGCUGUACUCCUCUCUCCUGAUUGGCUGCCUCUCCAAUCUGCUGGUACAUUCCAAGACAGAGGUAGACCAAAAGAAAGGGAGUGUAGAACCACAGGUCACUGUAGAAACCCCCUCAAGUCCCAACACUGCUCUGGAUUCUCUAAAAGGAACAGGAAAUGAUUUACCCCCCUCACCAAAAAAGCCAUGCCUGUCUAGCAGCUGCUCUUACACUGACGCGACACACGACAUCUUCCUGCAGCUGGACGAUGGCAGCCAGGUACCUGCUUGUCGGGAGGCUUUGGCAGGUGGUGAGGGGGAGUCGGGUGACGGAGGCUCGGAGUACUUCAGAGCCUUGCUGACCGGAGGGUUCGGUGAAGCUCAGGGCAAAGAGGGGGAGGCCAUUCCGAUCAAGGAUGUGAGGUAUGGAAUGCUGAUUCCUGUGCUACACUACCUGCAUGGCUGUCGCCUGACCGAUGGAGAAGGAGGGAAAGAGCAGGAGGGGGACACAGACCAGGGUGCUGGAGGGCGAUGUCGCCUCCUAGAGUCGCUGACUCUGAAGUCCUGGGAGUCCCCAGAUUUCCAGAAGACUGCUUUGGCUGAGGCGAUGGUCGGGGCAUGCCGUUUUUUGGUGACUGGCUUACAGAGAGUCACAGAGGACCUGUGUGUGACCUUGCUCCACACCAUAGCCACUAAACCAGCUUCAUUGUCUUUGCCUCAAAGGUCACCCAAACCUGUUCUGGGUGGAAUACCCAGACCACUGCAGUCCAGUAAAGUUGUGAAGAGCCCUUUGCAAUCGGGACCAAAGUCCACCCCCAAGACUGCCAAAAAGAACCCUAAAGUAGGGAGCAGCCCAGAGGUGGAACAGGUUCCUCGAACACCCCUAAAGUUCCCGCCAGACACCCUGUCUUCAGCCACAGAAGGGACCUUAGUUAGCAACUGCACACUGGCGCCUCUACUGCCACAGCUGUACUGGUUCUCCCAGCGCUACAACUACCCUAGACUGGGGCGGGCAAGCUUGUCCAUACUGCUGCGUCCACAGGGAGUGAAUCGCAUGUCACCCACUGCCUCCCUUCCACCAGUCCAGGCAGCGGACUGCCUGCUGCGGUUGGCCAAGCAUGCAGACUGCCAGGAGAGUUUGAAACGAGAUCUACUAGGACUGGCAGCGGCAGCUCUUAGCUGAAGGGGUGGAGAGUUGCAUGGAGCAGAUAUGGGCAACACAGGGUUGAGGAGAAAUUAAAUGAAAGUGGUUUUACCACCACUCUACCAUUUGAUCCGUUUUUCCGUUGUAUUAUGUAUUAAUGUCAUAACUAAUUCAUUGCCAUGAUAGAAUGUCCUUGUUUAUGUUUUUCUUGCUAAUUCCAAAGCAUUUUUGUCUUUGUACAUUUUUGUUUUUUAAAACUCUUAAAGUUUUUGGCAGAGCACCCAGUUCAUCUUCAUAGUGUCAACACCCCCAUUGGAUAUACCAUAGAUGUUGCCAUAUAAGCUAGGGUACUCUUUCUGCCACAGUUCAUUUUGAAAAGGCAUAACUAUGUGCUUAUGAAGUGUCAAUAUGUGUAACAAUCAGUACAACAGGGACGCCUUUGUGUUUACUUUAUAUUUUUGUACUCCUCAUUUUGUAAGUAUUUUUUGUAAAUAUGUAAAACAAGACUUUGCCAAGAUAAGCAUUGAUCAAGGAGCUAAGUUUGAGUGAUUGGUGUCUGGUGUAAAUAUGCGCUCCUCAGUUAUAUUUUGUUUGUGUCAUAUGUAGGUGUCAUAGAAAAAUGGUAUUUUUCCAUUGUACACAGAAAUACUAGUAUACCAGCCAUCCUCUCAUUCUAACCAAGUCACAGAUGUAUAUAGUGUAAAUGAAAAAUCUUAUAGAAAUGAAAGAUGUAUAAUGAGAUGUGACUUUACAAAGACAAAUCCUAAUAAACCAGACACAAAGAUUUGA